AUGAAUCCAAUCGUUUAUACCCUACUGUUCAGUUUGGUGGCGGGUCUAGCCGUCGCCGAGAAGUCGGACUAUUGUCUGAGUGAGAUCAUCAAGUCGGAUGAGAGGAUCCGUUCGCACGGAUAUCCCGCGGAGACGCACAAGGUGACCACUGAAGAUGGUUAUGUCCUGACCCUGUUUCGCAUCCCCUACUCCCACAAGCUGAAGAAUCAGAACGAGAAACGUCCUCCGAUUCUACUGCAGCACGGAUUGUUUAGUAACUCGGACUGUUGGCUGUCCUCCGGACCGGAUAACUCCUUGGCCUAUCUGCUGGCCGAUGCCGGUUACGAUGUGUGGCUAGGCAAUGCCCGUGGUAACAUUUACUCGCGGGAAAACAUCAUCAUCUCGCUGAACAGUCACAAGUUCUGGCACUUUGACUGGCAUGAGAUCGGUACCAUCGACAUCCCAGCCAUGAUCGACUACAUCCUGGACAACACUGGCUUCCAACAGAUCCACUACGCUGGACACUCGCAGGGAACUACUGUCUACUUGGUAAUGCUUUCUGAGAGACCUGAGUACAACGACCUCAUCAAGUCUGGACAUUUAUUGGCUCCAUGUGCCUUCUUCGAGCACGGAACCUCAUUCAUCUUCAAUGCUAUGGGUCCUUUGGUGGGCACUCCUGGAGGAAUCUGGAACCAACUGCUGGUGGAUACAGAAUUAAUCCCUCAUAAUAACCUGGUCAACCGUUUGGUGGACAACAGCUGUCAUCUGUCCAGCUCGAUCUGCAACAACGCUUUCGUCAUGUUCGCCAACGGCGGUUACGUGAAUGCCAAUGCGAGCUCCAUGAGCGUCCUGAUUGAGACCCACCCAGCUGGCUCCUCCAGCAACCAGGGAAUUCACUACCUGCAGUUGUGGAAGUCCUUGAAGUUCCGUCAGUAUGAUUGGGGCACCAAGAAGAACAAGGAGCUGUAUGGCCAGGACUUGCCACCAGAUUACGAUCUCAGCCUGAUCACCGCUCCCACUCAUUCGUACUCCAGCCACAACGAUGCCCUUUGCGGACCCGAGGAUGUUAAUACUCUGGUGGAGAACUUCAUACAUUUGAAGGAGGACUAUCGUGUGCCUGUGCAGAGCUUUAACCACUUGGACUUUAUCAUUGCUAGGAACAUGAAGGAGCUGGUCAACGAUCCUAUCGUCGAACGUAUUAACUCCUACGAAGGUCGUUAAGGGAAAGCCCCAAUAAAGAUAUCCGUAAUGCA